AUGGAGCGCAGUCGCGGCGUUCCCGACGCCGAGCUGUUCCUUCACAAACCCGCCGAGGAAGACUGCGAUAGCCCGACGGUUGAGCCCCUGAGGAUAUUCAAACCGCAGAGUCCUAAUCCCGCCAACGACCGCUUCAAGUACCCCGCGGCUUCGUCCGCGUCGGGCUCGUCCUCCUUCAUAUCGAAGCCGACCUUCCCUCUACCACCAGGCGCCUCGAGCUCAGCUGCUCCUCUACCGUAUCCCGACGAGGAGGAUCUUCGGCCCGGCAGACCAACUAAACCUACCAUCACCGCCCCGAAGCGAUUUGGCUCUGACUACAAUGAUACUACCCCGCGCUUCAACGCCACCAGUCCCGUAGAGACGAAGAGUCCUACCCUCGCCGAGCGACGCGGCACCGGUCCGAGGCCCUUGGGCGCUACGUCUCCGCAGAGCCCGGCUGGUGACGACGGGGGCCUCUUCGCGAAGCCGUUGACGGCGCCACAGCCUCAGCGUCCGGCUGCUUCGACCACAAACUACCCGUCUUACACCAAGAAGCCCUACUACCCCCCACCGGGCGGCGCAUCCAGUUCUAUGCCCCCCGCCCAAAGCCAGAGCCAGCACCAGUCCCGACCACUCCAGAGUGCUGAUCAUCUCGAGAUGCCCGGCCAGAACAGCGUGAACAGGUUCGCCUCGACAGCUUCGACCUCCACGACCCGCGCCAGCCGAGGAUCUCCGCCCCCGCCAGAGACCCCGAUUGUGGAACCAGGGGUCAUCCCCGGCGGUGGUAUUGAGGCGCGAUAUGCGGCCUCUGGCAUCUCAGGCACGGCGACCCUGACCAGCCUCCAGGCGCAACAGGCUCAGAGCGCCGCGGCCUCGCAGAGACUGGCCCAGUAUGGCGGGGCACCGCCGCCCGCGCGACCGUGGACUCCCACAGAGAACCCAGAGAACCAACCUCAUGGGCCGCCUACAGUAUACCAGGGUAUGAACCCGGUUACGAGUCCUACGCAACCUACAUUCAGUCCUCCUCCUCAGCAGGCGGAGAACCAAGGCGACCAGCCGAACCUUCAAGUCAGCGUUCUGGAGCAGGAUUAUCAGCGACUGGGCCUGAACGACCCUCCACCGGCUUACUCUAGUGUCACACCCUCGGGCAACCCGUCUUAUCCAGCCGAAAAGCAACGGCCCGCUCAGCAGAGGGCAGACUCAACGCCGUCCGUGUGCACGACCUCUGCUGCUCAGUUGCCCCCGAAGAAGCCCGCAACUGUCGGUCUUGCAGCGGCAGGGCUGGCAUCACCUUCGUUACAAGGCCAUCCGGCCUUCGCCAACGACCCGAGACCAGAACAGAACGGACAGCCCUCGUCAUCUCAAGCACAGAAUCCCCCUGUCACACAGACAGUACAGGCACCUCCUUCCUUCCAAGGCGCUGGCCCUUCUUCACCGCCACCGCUACCCGAGGGCUGGAUCGCCCACCUCGACCAGAACUCGGGACAGUACUAUUACAUUCAUCUGGCAUCUCAGGCCACGCAAUGGGAGUUUCCCAAGGGCCCUAAUCCCAUGACACACGAGACAGCGCCUUUGUCGCCCACUGCGUCGACGUACGGUAAUCCUCUCGCAUCGCCCAUGUUUGGCAAACAAGCUAUGGGCUCUCCAAUGUUUCCGCCUCAGACGCCGGGCUACGCUGAGAGCAUCAUGAGCGUCGCGGCGUCGCAGACGCCCACGACAGCUGGGUUCUCUGGGCCGCCUCCAAGUGCUGGUGUUGACAUGUACAGAAUUCAGCCUACAAACGGCGUGUAUUUUGGGCCGUACCUCCGUUACUGCAACAUGGACUUUGAAAAGGGGACAUGGUUGGGUAGUAUCAUGAUUGUGACAGACGCGCCGCAGCCCCCGACGAUUCACAUCCACCCGAGUAACGACCUUUCGCCUAAUCCACGACAGUUGGUGCCGCACAAUAUCUUCACCCAUCAGCGCUGGACGUUUUACAAGUACGAUAUCGAGCUGCCUAUGAGUGAGAGCGGAACUGAGCGAUGGACGUAUGCCGUGACUUCUCACCUGGGAUGCACGAGAUACGAGUUUGUCAUUGCCGGUCGACAUGAAGUCGGUUGGAGAUUCCUCGCUCACUCGAACAACGAUUUCGCCGCAUCCACCUCUCAAGCCGAGCGCUCCAAGCUUGGCGGCGUGGGCUUCAUGUGGAAGGAUGUGCUUCAAAAGAACGUCGACUGUGGCGGCUUCCACGUUCAGCUUGGUUUGGGUAACCAGAUCUACGGUGACAGGCUGUGGAAGGAAGUCCCCCUGCUGAAGCAGUGGUUGGCGAUGAGCGGCAGAGACAACAGGAAGAACGCACAGUGGACCGCGCGCCACGAGGAAGACGUCUCGCACGCCUACUUCCAUUAUUAUACCAGCCAUUUUGACCAACCUUACCUCAGAGAGGCUUUUGCUCAGAUCCCGCAUAUUUUGCAAAUCGACGACCACGACAUUUUCGAUGGCUACGGCUCGUAUCCCGAGUACAUGCAAGGGUCCCAGAUGUUCAAGAACGUCGGUCGGAUCGCCGUCGAAAUGUACCUGCUCUUCCAGCACCACACCACCGUAGAGAUUCUCCGCAACGUGAGCAACGACAUGGACCUCUUCACAGUCACCAGCCAGGGCUGGCAUUAUGUCAAAUACCUCGGCCCCGCCGUCGUCGUCGUCGGACCCGACUGCAGAUCCGAGAGAAACCAGGCCCGCGUCAUGGCCGGCCCGACCUAUCAAGGGAUAUUCCCCAAGGUCGCGACGCUCCCCCCCAGCGUGCAGCACUGCAUCUGGAUGGUAUCCGUGCCGCUGCUGUACCCCCGCCUGGAGGCGGUCGAGAGCUUGGCCGGCGCCGUCGCGACCGGCAAGAAGGUUGUCAACACGUCGUACAACCUGCUCGGCAAGGUCACGAGCUCGGUGGCCGGCGUUGUCGGCGGCAAGGAUGUCGUGGCGCAGGGCUUCACGCAAGUGAAGAAGGCGGUCGGAAAAUCCGGUCUCAUGGGCAAUGUCCUGAACCAGUUUGGCGAGAUUGACAUUGCCGAGAUCCUCAAGGACAUGUGGACCCACGACUCCAAGGACCUGGAGAGGACGUACUUCAUCCGGACCCUCCAGGGCAUCUCCCAGCAGAAGGGUAUUCGCAUGACGUUCUUGUCAGGAGACGUCAACUGCGCCGGAGCAGGCCUGGUCCACGACCCGACGCACCCGAGCGACCACAAGACAAUGUACCAGGUCAUCACCUCCCCCAUUGUAGCCCAGCCCGCCAGCAACUACAUCCUCAAGCUCCUCCACAACAACAAAAGCCUCUACGUGCCGCAGAACGGGCACAAGUCGAACCACGAGGUCUCGGACUCCAAGGAGGACAUGAUGGAGAUUUUCCACACCGACGCCAGCGGCUCCGCGCGUGAGCUCAAGAAGCUCAUGGGGCGCAGGAACUAUGUUGCCGUGGUCGCGUACGACCCAGAGGCCGUUGCCGGGCCCGGCGCCGGCGGCUCGCAGUACGCGGGCAGUAUUGCCAACGGAGGUGGGCAGCAGCAGCAGCAGCAGGGACUGCAGAAGUUGAGCUUGGCAGUCGACUUUGUUGUGCAGGGCGACGGGGCGUUUACGGCGCCGACCAAGUAUGGCCCGGUGAUUGUGCCCCAUUUGGAGUUUGGGAGGUAA